UUGCAUGUAAAAAGACAUAAGUCACGGAAAACUUAAUUAUGUCAAAAUAAAAAUACAAUAACUAGUCAGGAUUACAGUAUGAGAGAGGUGAUGCAUUUUGGACACGCCGCGCAGGAUUGGAAAUGGGAUUUCGUGUGGAAAAUGGGCAUUUUUUGAAAGUCGAUGGUGGGGCUGCAGAGUUGAACAAGCUGAGGGACAAGUUUGGCCAAACUCUGAGCCCUUCUCUGUGCAUGGAUGAGACUCAAGCGGAAUCGAAGAGGGAAAAAAGUGCUGAAAGGUCAGAAUGCAGCGUUUUCUCGCAUGGAUUAGCCUUUAAUUCAUCUGUUUUCGUGUAAACAGUGUCGCCUCUGUCUUUCUUUUUGGAAGUCCUGCCAGCAAGUUGUGGGUAAAUGGGGGGCUGAGGCAGUUUUCUAGAUUACCACGGAAGAAAAACUGCCACUUUAUCAAUUAAAUAAAAGGUAGGGAGAAACAAAAGACGGACAUGCACAAUGGCAGAGAAGGGGACGGAGAAGAAGGCAGCGGUGUACAGAAGCGUUUCUUUCAAAAAGCUUGAAAGCUGGAGUGCAAAUAAAACUCGUUCGGGAGCCGAGGAUCAACAACACAAAUCAAAAGAUUUGGAGAGCAGCGCCCUUCCCCCUCCGGUAACAGAGGCAGCAGCAGAGAAAGUGCAGCCCUCGGCUACGCGUUAUGUUCGUGUCUCAAGAAAAGUUUCCAAAAUUUCGGCAGCCAGCCUGCCGACCGCAGAGCUAAAGAAAGGCACUCCUCAUGCUAUUUCACCCUCCAUACGCCAGCUCUCAGAAAAGUUUAGCACUAACUCGGGGCGGACGCACGCCUCAACUUCUGUCAAUACUGGGGUCUUUAAAAGCAUAACUCAGGCGCGGAGUAAAUUUGAAGAUGAAGGGCUACCUUCACAGAAGCUGCUGCAGGAAGACAGCGGUUAUUUGCCAGCACCUGACAAAGAUUUAUUAGAGCCUUCCACAGAUAAAGUUGAGGAACAGAGGUUUUCAGCGUGUGAGUCAGUUUCAGGCUCGGACACGGAGAAAAGUCAAGGACGGAUAACUCGCACAACUCUGGGUUCAGCUGCCACUAGUGCAGGUAAGAGAGAUUAUUCACAAAUCACUUCACCUCAUUCCGAUUGCAAUAAGGUUGGAACCGCAGAGGAUGACGUAUUUGUUACUUGUGCUCCGGUUUGCAAGUCACAGCGUGGCUAUUUUACGUCCCAUGGAGACUCCCUUCAUGUUGACUUAACGCACUGGCCAAGUGUCACAAAAAUUAGAGAAUUAUUCGGGGACGGUAAUAGAAAACAGCACAGGUCAACUUCUGACGCUGACGAUUUGAAAUCUGCAUGUCAUCAAAUUGCCGCCGUGAAAGAGACUGCUCACUCAGAUACAAGGGAAAGACACUCGCCUCUGCAGCCAAGAGCUGCUUGGCAGGACGUCAACAGCACUGACCAUGAUAUCAAUGUGCUCUCUGUGGAGAGACAAGGGGCUAUUCUGAGCGGCAGAGAGAGUAGAGACCAGGAUAUGGACAUUGCUUUUAGCGCUGAGCAGCAGCCAGAUGAAGAUACAUUGACCAGCGGCAGCAGCCAUCUGCACAGAGAGCAGCUGCCUGGUGUUUGCAGAGCGCGGAGCCCCGUCGGCAGUGAGAGUGUUGAAAAGUGGACGGCGAAGUUAAACAGCGACCCCAAGCCCCCUCCCCCGGUACCCCCGCCCCGCAGCAGCUCGGUCGCCCUGCCUCUGAGGGCGCACUCCUUUGCCUCUGGUCGGCAGCAGCACAAACAAGAGGCAAGACAGCCAUCAGAUAGUUUACAUUCCUGGCAUAGCUGUUCCAAACCGCAGGCUGCCCCCUCCGCUGCACCAGCCAGUGUGAGAUUCAGCUCCGGUGAGGAGGAGGACGACUUGGGAAGGCGCAGCAGGGGAGCAAGGAGUGGCCUCCCUUUCGGGCGCACCGGCAGCGGCGCCUCUUUCUCCCGAAACAGCAAGAAUGGGUCCUGGGCCAAACCCCCUGGGAGGUCGUCUGGAAGCGAGGAAGACAGCCCCGUGCCACUAGUCCACAGCCGUGACAACGUGAGGCGCAGGUCCCUGAGGAAGAAGAAGAAGAGCACCGCUGCAGUGGGGAGAGAUGACGGCGAUUCGGAUGACAGCGACAGCGUGAUGGAGCACCUCGAGCGACACCAGCAGGCCGGUGACGCCGAGCAGCCCGGCCGUAGGUCCGAGGGGCAAAGGUCCAGGCAGUCUUUCGGAGGUCAGCCCUGGGAGCGUGGUUACUCCUCACAGGGCCCCGCGGGACAGGAGGGGUACAGGCGGCAUUACAGAGGGGUGUCAGACGGCCCCGCACCUGCUGGCUCCACACCUGUCCCCGUGGUGUCGAGGGUGUCAAAGGUCAACAUAUCCUCGUUCAUUUCCAGCCCGUGCGGGUCAAGGAGCAGCAGCAGGUACUCGAGUACAGAGACACUAAAAGAGGAGGACCAGCCCUCCCCUGGGGCCGGGUCGUCUGCCGCCACCUCCUCUGUGAUGAGCAAAACCUACCACGGCAACUUCACCAUGUACCGCUCGCCCAGUUUCGGCCACGGGGACAACUUUUCGAGGGCCCCAGUCCGCGUCCGUCCCAGGCUGCCGUUUGGUGCGGGGCCUGGGGAGGGCGCUGCUCUCGAAGGCAGGGGGUACCGCCGCUCGCUCAGCAGCGAGAAGGACAAGCACAGGAUGUCCAUGUCCAACCCGGACAUUGCCUCGGAGACGCUCACGCUGCUCAGCUUCCUCAAGACGGACCUGUCCGAGCUCAGGGUUCGGAAGAAAGGGGCCGCCGGGGCGGAUCAGAACGAGGACGGCUGCGGCUUGAAUUCCGGCUACCAUGGCGCUGCGGGCACCCCCUCCGUGUACAGGAUGGGCUCCAGGUCCCAGGGCUCCCCCCACGGACGCCUGUCUCUCAAGGACCUCACAGCCACUCUGAGACGCGCCAAGUCCUUCACUUACUCAGAGAAACCGCAAGGGCAGCGACACUCAUCCAGCAGCGUGGCGAAGAGGAGCUCCUCUGAGCUGCGUCUCGACCAGCCCGGGGAAGGGGAGGCGGCAGUGUCUGACAGAGAGGUGGAGAGCGACGACUGUCAGAGGGGCUACGACUAUGAGGAGCUGAUGCCCACGCCACUGCAGGACCGUUACGUGCAGGAGGCCAGGCAGGUGAUCAGGGACAUUUGCCAGAUGGGCGCCCAGGACGAUGACUCCUUCGGGAUGGAUUAUGAGGAAGACGAAUGCUUCAGAAGGAAAGAGGAUGAGGGGAAAGCAGCAGGUGAGGAAGAGGAAAAAGAAGAGAACAAGAGGACUGGCAGGCUGCCUCGGAAGGAAAUUGAUGCCCCCUCUCUGGGGGAAGUGAGAGAAAGUGAGAGGUGUUUAAGGAAAGGUGAAUCUGACGAGAAUGUGUCUUACGAUAAAUCGGUGGACGAACUGUCUGGACAUGAGUCGAGUUUGACUGAUGAAGGAAUAGUUACAGAGCCAGAGAGCGGGUCUUGCGGGGGUUCGCUGAACAAAGAUAUUUUGGGUCAAACUCUGACUGUGUGGAAGCAGUCAGGUCUGUAUGAGGAGGGGGGAGCAGACAUGAAGCGGGAUGAGAAAGGUUCCCUUCCCUCUGUCCCAGCUGUGAGGACAGAGUACGAGGGCGUUGCCAUAGGGGGAGAGACAAGUAACGGUAAAAGUGUAAACCAGGGUCCCCUGGAAGCCCCUUCCACACCCAGCGCCAUUCGCCGAAGGAGAAAAUUCUCCUCUGCUGGAAACAACGGCUCAGACUCCAGCAAUGGCAGCAAUGGGGAGUCCAACGGGGAGACCUACAGGUCCCUCAGCGACCCCAUGCCGCACCGGCAGCGCUCCGUCACAGAGGACAGCAAGAGCUUCUCCGUGGACAGCAACCUCCUGGGCUCCCUCUCCCUUGGCUCCAAGGGCGGCAUCCCGGAACCUUCCGGGGCCGAGCUGUCGGAGUGCACAGGCAGCGCGGCCAGUGACCUGUCCGUGUGCAGCGAUGGGCUGCGGGACUACAGCACCGUCAUCCAGAGCAUCGUGCGGGAGCCCGGCGCCAUGGACAAGCUGAUCGACGAGAAGGCCAACGGCAAGGCGGUGAAGAAGAAGUCCUUCAGCGACCCCAGCCGGCGUGGCGAGUCCUCGGACGGGCCGGUCUUCGCGGGCCCGGGCGAGCCCAUCAGCGAGCUGGAGCAGCCCAUCCCGCCGUCCAGCAGCGAGCCCAUCCUGUCGGAGCAGCGGGACGAGCUGGGCGAGCUGGAGGAACGACGGCGGCGGCCCGGCGGGAAGCCGCGCUCGCAAUCGGAGCGGGCGCUGCCCUCGCAGCUGGAGCUGGACGCCGCCGAGGGCGCGCCCUGCUUCCCCUUCGACCCCAAGCUGGCCGAGGUCCUGUCGCCCCGCAUGGCCCGCCGGAGCUCCAAGAAGCGCACCAACCGGGCCACGCAGCAGCAGCAGCAGCAGCUGUCGGACCCGGAGCAGCCGGCUGAACCGCCUGCGCCGCCGCAGCAGUCGCAGCCCCCUGCGCACCUGCUCCGGCCCCGGCCCAAGCACGUGCGCCACGCCAGCGAGCCGGCCACGUUCGUGCCCAUCGCGCAGCCUGAGGGCCAGCUGUCCGAGAGCCAGCCGGCCGGCAUCAGCGCCCCCGAGCCCUCCCGACCCGCCACGCACAAGCCCUACCAGGCCGACCAGGCCCCCUCGCUGGAGGACGUCACCAAGCAGUACAUACUGGCUUUGAACACCGCCGACACACCUGCCUCCGUCGUCUCCGAGCCCCCCAGGUCCACGCCCGCCACCCCGACCACGGGGGAGCCCAAAAUCCUGGCUCCGGCGCCAACCCGGACCAAGCCUGUCGUGGAUAUGAGAAGACAUGUCAUGAUGACCCUCCUCGACACUGAACAGUCCUACGUUGAGUCCCUUCGCACUUUAAUCCAGAGUUACAUGAAGCCCUUGAAGCACCCAGAAAACUCCCCACUGUGUGACCCCUCCCUGGUGGACGAGAUGUUCUACCAGAUCCCCGAGAUCUUGGAGCACCACGAGCAUUUCCUGGAGCAGGUCCUGGGGUGUGUCAAUGACUGGCACGACCGACAGACAGUGGGCCACUUGCUCAUAGAAUCGUUCUCCAAAGAGAUGCUAGCGAACAUUUACUCGGCGUACAUCGAUAACUUUCUGAACGCCAAAGACGCGGUGAGGAUCGCUAAGGAGGCCAAGCCAGCCUUCCUGAAGUUCCUGGAGCAAAGUAUGCGGGAGAACAAGGAGAAGCAGGCCCUGGCCGACCUCAUGAUCAAACCUGUGCAGAGGAUCCCGCGCUACGAGCUGCUGGUCAAGGACCUCCUGAAACACACCCCAGAGGACCACCCGGACCACCCCUUUUUGCUGGACGCCCAGAAGAACAUUAAGCGGCUGGCGGAGCGCAUCAACAAGGGCCGUCGCAGCGCAGAGGAGGUGGAGAGGGAGACGCGCGUCAUGCAGGAGAUCGAAGCGCACAUCGAGGGCGUGGAGCACAUUCUGAACCCUCAGAGGAAGUUCCUGAGACAGGAGAUGGUAGUGGAGGCGAAAACGGUGGGUGGAAAGAAGGACCGCUCCCUCUUCCUCUUCAGUGACCUGCUGAUCUGCACCACACUGAAGCGCAAGUCCGGCUCCCUGCGCCGCAGCUCCAUGAGCUUAUACACAGCAGCCAGUGUCAUUGACACCUCAAGUAAAUACAAGUUCCUGUGGAAAUUGCCCCUGGAAGAUGUGGAAAUGGUUAAAGGUUCCUCUCAGGCCACCAACCGUGAGAACAUCCAGAAGACCAUUGGCCGUCUGGAUGAGGACCUUAGCACCCUGGGCCAAAUCAGCAAGCUGUCUGAGACUCUCAGCUUCCCACACCAGAGCCUGGACGAUGUGAUCAAGGACCUGAUGGCGUCUGUCCACCGGGAGCUCGCGGAGAAGCAGUCCCUGGCCUUCAGCAUGACCUUCCUGCCCACCAAGGUGGAGCUGACCACUGCCUCGGCUGAGAGCACCUUCAUCUUCGAGUUCAGCAGCCCGGAAGCCCGCAGCAACUUUGAGCAGGCCUUCGAGGACGCCAAGAAGAAACUCGCAAUGAAUAAGGACCACUGGGACCCUGAGUUCCUGAAAGCCAUUCCCAUCAUGAAGACACGCAGCGGGAUGCAGUUCUCCUGCGCCUCGCCCAGCCACAGCUGCCCAGAGAACACGUAUGAGGUGUGGGUGUGUAACAGUGAUGGCUACGUGGGCCAGGUGUGUCUCCUCAACAUCCGGGACGAGCCCACAGUGGAGGCCUGCAUCGCCGUCUGCUCCGCCCGCAUCAUCUGCAUUGCGGCCGUGCCAGGCCUGAAGGGCAGGGAACGUGUGGAGCCAGCGCUGAAUGCCCCUCCCUCUGAGCCUGCUCAUACCCCAUCGUCUCAGCAGCAGCUUCACAUCUCCAUUUCGGGGUCCUCUCUGGAGCUGUCCGAGCCACAGGGGGGCGCGGGGCGCGAGCUCGUUCCCUUCGACAGCGACGACACGGAUGACGAAGAUUCCCCCAGCCCCUCCUCCACCCUGCAGAGCCAGGCCAGCCACUCCACCAUCUCGUCCAGCUUUGGCAAUGACGAGGGCGCAGGCUCCAAGGACAUGGCAACGGAGACGACCAGCUCCGAGGAGGAGCAGGAAUUUCCGGUGACAAGCUCCUAUGGCCCCCCGCGGCUCAGCAGCGACAGCCCUAUGGACGGCCGCGCCAUGCGGCGGUCCAGCCGGGGCUCCUUCACCCGCGCCAGCCUGGAGGAUCUGCUCAGCAUCGACCCAGAGGCCUACCAGAGCUCUGUGUGGCUGGGCACUGAGGACGGCUGCAUUCAUGUUUACCAGUCGUCGGACAACAUCCGCAACAGGAAGAACAGCAUGAAAAUGCAGCACUCGGCCUCCAUCUUGUGCAUCUUGUACCUCGACAACAAAGUGUUUGUGUCUCUGGCCAACGGUGAGGUCAUCGUUUAUCAAAGGGAAGCAGGCAGCUUCUGGGACCCACAGAGCUCCCAGACUUUGUGCCUGGGGACCCCCGGCAGCCCCGUGACCAAGAUGGUGCCGGUGGCAGGCAAGCUGUGGUGUGGUUGCCAGAACCGGGUCCUAAUCAUCAACACUAGUACAUUGGCCCAGGAGCACUCGUUUCAGGUGGGCCAGGACAGCAGCAGGUGUGUGACCAGCAUGGUGAGUUACGGUCAGGGCGUGUGGAUCGCCCUGCAGGGCAGCGCCCAGGUGCGCCUCUACCAUGCUGCCACCUAUGAGAGCCUCACUGAAGUGGACGUGGCACCCGCCGUGCACAAGAUGCUGGCAGGAUCGGACGCCAUCAUCCGGCAGCACAAAGCGGCGUGCCUGCGCAUCACGGCCCUGCUGGCCUGCAAGGACCUGCUGUGGAUCGGCACCAGCGCCGGCGUGGUCCUGACCCUGGCCGUCCCGCCCAUCUCGUCCAGCACGGGCUCCAGCUCGCUGCGUACGACGCUCGUCCCCAUGGGCUCAGCACACGGGCACACGGGGCACGUGCGCUUCCUCACCUCCAUCGAGCUGCCCGAGGGCUUCGACGUCAAUUUCCCCCUGCCGCCGGAGUCAGGUAAUCCAGCCCCAAGUGGUGAGAGUAGCAGCUCAGGGCUGCAGAAGCGGGACUCCACCCGCCGCCGCGCCUCCACCAUCCUGCCCGUCAAGUCCAACCUCCUGGUCAUCAGCGGGGGUGAUGGGUACGAGGACUUCCGGCUGACCAACAGCAGCGAGACCGUGGGACGGGAUGACAGCACCAACCAUUUGCUCCUGUGGAGGGUGUGAGCCCUGCCCCUGGCCUCCCCUCCGAGACCUGCCCCCGGGGGCGUCUGCGGGCUUUGCACGCACCACCCACAAACCCUGACACUCUUUACUCUAAAUGUCUUCUGCUCGGACAUCUGGUCUCUACGUGCAUGGGUGUUUCCCGACACAAAAAAAGGGGUUGCUUCAAACCAGGUUUUCAGUUUUGUUUUUUUGUUUCGUUCUGAUGGGUUGUGUUAUUUCCGUUGAGUUUUUUCUUUAUUUUUGGUGUAAGAAGUGAAACUCGCUCAGCUUGUGUUGUCCCCUGUUGGCUCUGUGUCGUGUUCAGGAUGUCUGGACUUUGUGAGGAGGAUGAAGAAGACAAGAGAAAGAGGGAGAAAGUGGGAAAGAAAGAAGAAAACACAUAUUUGACUGAAAAUAAUGAUCUGAACUCUGUAUAAUUCCCAACUGUGCAUUCAGUGGCAUAAUCCUUCCCCUGUUUUCCUUGUCAGCUGUUAGUAUCCUUGUUUUUCGCUCCAGUCUCCCUGCACUGGCCUGCCUUUCGGUAGAGAUUACAUUCUUACAAUCUUAUUUAUCGCAGGCUGCAUCUCUGGGUCUCAGAAGGGCCAGCAAUGGCCAGUCCAGAAUCAGGCCAUGAACGGGAGAGAGAAUGAGAGAGAGCGAGUGAAAAGAGAGGAGUUAGUAGGGCCUAGGGCCUAGCCUAGGGCAUUGUGUGCAAGACAUUAUGGAAGGUGAUUCAACAGGAGGAAAAAAAACUACAACUGACUAACAUUUUGCUCAUGCUGCCAGUCCCACACUUUCCCUUGACCAAAGUCACCUGUCUGCGGUCGAGGGUUGUGGUCACUACUGUUCUUGUCAGACUGUGAUCUGUCUCUGAGAAUGAAGAUGCUUUUCUUUGGUCUCUUUGAUUGUUUCAUAAAAGAGAGUAAUAAGAAAGUAACAAAAAAGUAACCAAUGUGCAAUAUAUGGCGAGGGUACUUACUAAAACUAGUCUACGUACAUUUCAACACUUGCCUGUAAGAAAACAGCUAGCCUUUCCAUAGUCUUCAGAACCACAGCCAGGUUUCACCUUAUCACAUUAUUCAUUUGCUAUCAUUUUAAUUUUUUUCGUUUUUUAAGAAUUAUAUUAAACACCCCACUACUAGAAAUGAGUUCCGUUUUGGUACCGUACCAGUAAUCUUUUUUGUACAGUAUUUAUGUUUUAGUUAUCUUUUUACAGCACUUAAUUUAUACAUUUCUUGUGUCCUUGUUGAUUCAAUGAGUAUAAUGCAGUUGAGGUUUGGUGAAUUGGGGGGCUGAGUCGGAGAGGUUGGUUUACAGCUUUGUUAAGAAAAUCUCCUCCUGGUGGCAAAUGGCAGCUCUCCACUGCUCUGAUGCCAUCAGUCUUAAUUCUUUCCAUUUUACACCAUAGUGUUGUUAAUGUGUAUGGGUGUAUAUGUGACCGAUAUAUGUGCUUGCAUAU